CCGCCCCGCAGAUGGGGAAACUGAGGCACGGAGGUGGCCAAGGUCCCACAGGAAGUGGCAGAGGAAUGAAGCGGCCACUGAGCCCCUCUCCCCCUGCUGAGAAGGAGGCCCCCAUAUCUGGAGCUGCGGAGUGCCCCCCUCAGCCCCCAGAACUGCCUAAGCCCAAACGUGAGAGGAAGCGGCCGUCGUACACGCUCUGUGACGUCUGCAACAUCCAGCUGAACUCAGCAGCCCAGGCCCAGGUGCACUGUGAGGGGCGGGCCCACCAGAGGCGGCUGCGGCAGCUCAGCCUGGGAAAGGCCCCCGCAGGGCCAGCAGGCCCAGCAUCCAGCACCCCCAGCCCCCUGCUGGCCUCCCUGCCCCUGGCUGCCAGGCCUCUGCAGCCCCCGCUGGACUUCAAGCACUUGCUGGCCUUCCACUUCAAUGGCGCUGCCCCGCUCAGUCUCUUCCCCAACUUCAGCACGAUGGACCCCGUCCAGAAAGCUGUCAUCAGCCACACCUUUGGGGUCCCCUCCCCUCUGAAGAAGAAGCUCUUCAUCUCCUGUAACAUCUGUCACCUGAGGUUCAACUCCGCGAACCAGGCUGAAGCACAUUAUAAAGGCCACAAACAUGCCCGAAAACUCAAGGCCAUUGAAGCCGCCAAGAGCAAGCAGAGGCCCCAGGCCCUGGCCCAGGAUGGGACACUGGUGUCUCCGACCCCGACCAUGGCCAAUGGAGCCCCCGAAGAGCCGCAGCACAAAGUCCCUGCAGGCCCUCCUCCUGGCCCCCCACUCCAGCCACCGCAGACUCCCGACGCGAUGCCCAGGGCGCCCGCCCACUCAGACCUCUUGGAUGCUGCCUCCUCUUCCUCUUCUUCCUCCUGCCCACCCUGCUCCCCAGAGCCUGGGACAGAGGCCCCAGGACCUGAGCCAGUGGCGGCUGCUGUGGGAAGCGGUGUGAGUGGGGAAGGCAGGAGUGAAAAGGGGCGCCUCUACUGCCCCACGUGUAAGGUGACUGUGAACUCUGCCUCCCAGCUUCAGGCUCACAACACAGGAGCCAAGCACCGGUGGAUGGUGGAAGGUCAGCGAGGGGCUCCCCGAAGGGGCCGGGGCCGCCCAGUGCCCCGGGGAGGAGCUGGACACAAGGCCAAAAGAGUGACCGGGGGCCGGGGGACCCGGCCGGGGCCCAGCCCCCCUUUUCACUGUGCUGUCUGUCAGCUCCAGGUCAAUUCAGAGACCCAACUCAAGCAGCACCUGAGCAGCAGGAGGCACAAAGACCGCCUGGCCGGGAAGCCCCCCAAGCCCUCCAGCCAGCACAGCAAGCUGCAGAAGCACGCGGCGCUGGCUGUGAGUAUUCUCAAGUCGAAACUGGCCUUGCAGAAGCAACUCACCAAGACGCUGGCAGCCCGCUUCCUGCCUAGCCCGAUCCCCACCGCAGCGGCGGCCAUCUGUGCCCUGCCAGGGCCCCUGGCCCUCCGGCCUGCCCCCACCGCAGCCACCACCCUCUUCCCGGCUCCCAUCCUGGGCCCAGCUCUGUUCCGCACCCCAGCGGGAGCUGUCCGCCCUGCCACGGGACCCAUCCUCUUUGCCCCCUAUUAGCCCUUCCAGGGAGGCCAGGGCCACCUUCCCCACCCUCCUCUCCCCAGGAAGCCUCUGUUCCUACAUCCCGCAGGGGAUUUUUCUCACAGCCGAGGGGUUCCUGACCAACCUAGGAAGAGCUGGGCUGGUUUGAAGGGCAGGUGCCCUUCACUCCAUCUGACUGGGGAUUCAACUAUUACCCCCUGGCCCAAGGGCCAUGCCCACCCUCAGUUCCCCAAACUUCUAGUCCUGGGCUCCCCGCACUUGCAGCCCGAUUUACAGGGAGCAAACCGAGAAAUCCCCAAGAUCUAUGCAAAAUCCUAGCCCCAGCCCCACGGUGCUCUCAUUCCCCCCCAAGACCUACCCCCCCAUGGCCAAGGGCCCUAGAAAUCUUAACCGCCAGCCUGGGACAAGUCUGUGACUGACCCCGACUCCCGUGCUCUGGGAGGCCCUCCCCAUUCACCGGCUUCUCUGGAGAAUGACACGGUGCAGGGCGGGCUCUGGACACGAUGACCACGGGGGAGUGGCGGAGGCUAGAGGAGAAAGGCAGCCGUGCUGAGGGGGGGCACAGCCAUGGUGCUGGAAGCCUUUAGUGGUCAUCUCCAGAGGGAUGGGGCUGGGCCGUUUUAACAGAGGAAGUGAUCAAUCCCCUCUUAGCCUUUUACUGAUUUCUCCUGGACUCCAGCUCUGGGGUUGGGGGGACACUGGGUCUCCCUUUGACUAUGGACCCAGCGGACACUGAAUCCCCCCCUCCCCAGGGUUCCCAAAUGAAGAGCUUUCUUCUCUAGCUAUUCAACCCAAACUGGUCCCUCGCACAAUUCAGCUUCCCCUCCCCCCCCAACCGACCAGCACCCCAAGCCUCCCUCACUGUGAAGCUGAGUGUUGGGAUCCAGACCCAUCCUCAUGCUAACAUCACAACCUCCAUCCUACCCCAGUAUUGUCCCCCUCACCCUACAAUACGGGACUUUGCCAGUAUCCACCUGUAUCUUUUUUUUAAAAAAAAUAUUUCCAAUGGGAAAAUAAGGGGCGGACGGGAGGGAAACUUUUUUGAUAACAGUUGUGGUUUUAUUGUGUCCAAUGCAUCAAUAAAUGAACUUUAAGCCCGA